UAAUACUAAUGUGGUGAUCCUAUUUCAUAGCAAUCAAAGUUGUCAAAUUGUGGCACAAUAGUAUUAAAAAGGAAAUAUGUGGGGAAGAUUGUUGCUUAUAGUUUUUAUGCUUUUUUUUUUGGAUCGCAAAUAUGUGGGGAUGGUAUGGAUAAAGUCAUUGUUUGUGUCUUGAUUCAAAUCAUGUGCAUAAAACAUUCCUAAAAUAUAAUAUUAUAUGUUGAUUUAUUUUUAUUAGGGUAAUUUAAAAGGAAACAUUUAAUUUGACCAAAUUACUCAUAUGUCCUUUUUUUUCACUAUAUAUAGGACCUUAAUCUCAACCCUAAAACUCACCAUUUCUCAAUUCUCUUCUCUUUAGUUAUAGUUAUAUCUCUUUGUUUAUUUUCAUUGUUUUUUAUUUACUUGAAUUUUUAAGAAAAUGCCUCCAAAAUAUAAUUCUAUUUCUGAAAUUUCUCCAUCCAAAGAAACAUGGAAUGUAUUGGUUAGAAUUGUUCGCAUGUGGUUUGUUAAAGAUAUGAAAAGAGAUGCGCUGCCGUAUUCUUUAGAAAUGGUUUUGAUGGAUAAGAAGGGUGAAAAGAUCCAUGCAACAGUUCGAAGAACAUUAAUUUACAAAUAUGAAAAGGAACUCACUGAGGGUCAUGUGUAUUCCAUAAGCAACUUUAGUGUUGCCACUAAUGUGGGAUCAUAUAGAACCACCAAUCAUGCCUAUAAAAUUAAUUUUCAAUUUGGAACUAAAAUCAAAAAAUUUGAUGACAAGUUGAUACCUGCUAAUAUAUACAUGAUCAGUGAACCUCAUAAGAUUUUUAAUGAUAACUAUGAUACCGAUUAUUUGAUAGAUGUGAUGGGAGUCUUGAAAGCUGUGGGUGUUGAAAAGGUUUAUUCUCGAAAUGGAAGCGAAUCAAAGAUGAUUCCUAUAGAGCUGAACUACGAUGGAUUCUGUUUCAAAGUUACACUCUUUGGACCUUAUGCGGACGAGUUGAACGCUUUUAUCGCAUCUGGUGAAGCAGAUAAUGCUGUCGUUGCUGUUUUGUUGGCCAAAGUCAAAAUGUUCCAAGGUCAACCAACUAUUCAAAACACCAUAUAUGCCACUAAACUGGUUUUCAAUCCUGUUUACACAUCUGCCGUUGAUCUCAAGAAAAGGAUGCUUGGGAAAAGUGCUACUCCAUCACCUGGUAUUUCUCUAUUAAAAGAUACUUCUAAAGUUAGCAAUGAGGAUGAUUUUCUCAAUUUGACGCCAAUGGCAACUAUUGAGGGAGUUAAGGAUUGUAGUGUGGAAAAGACAUUUGCUGUAUUUGGUACGGUGAAGUUUAUCGAUGGUUCUGAAUGGUGGUACACUGCGUGCACCUGUAAUAAAAAAGUUUAUCCAGAUGAGCGUAUGUACUUUUGUCCUAAGUGCAACAAGCAUGUCAUCAACGUCUCUCCAAGGUACAUGAUUAAGGUCAAAGUUAUUGACCAUACUGAUUCUGCUACCUUUCUCAUUUUUGAUCGUGAUGCUACCGAUCUAUUCAAUAAAUCUUGUGCUGAUAUGAUCGAAGCUUUUGGGAUGGGUAAUUUGGCCGAUAUUCCAGAAGAGAUUGGUGAUCUGGUUGAUAAGUCAUAUCUUUUUAAGGUUGAAACCAAUGUUGAUCCUUCUGGCAUGUACGAAAAAUCUUUUAAGGUCAAGAAGAUUGUGGCCGACCCUGUUUUGAUUGAAAAGUUCAAAGCUAAAUAUGUAGAAUCUUUGAAAAAUAACAUCGCUGGUGAUGAGGGUGUUGUUGAUGCUGAAGACACAAAUGUGGUUGGUGAUGAUGGAAUUUUGAAUCAUACUAAACGCGACAAUGUAGUUGAUGGUGUAAGUCUGAAGGACGAUAAUACAACUGCUGAGGUGACUCAGAAUCUGAUGGCAAAAUUUUCUGAAAGUUCUGCUGUUGAAUCUACUAAGCACGCUGAUGCUGAAAAUGUGGAAAACACCAUAGAUCCAACAAAGGACAUUGGGCUAAUUACUCCAGCGAAGCAAUCCCACGCUUUGGUGGAAAAGUUCAAAGCUACAUAUGUAGAAUCUUUGAAAAAUAACAUUGCUGGUGACGAGGGUGUUGUUGAUGCUGAAGACGCAAAUGUGGUUGGUGAUGAUGGAAUUUUGAAUCAUACUGAACGCGACAAUAUAGUUGAUGGUGUAGGUCUGAAGGACCAUAAAACAACUGCUGAGGUCUGA